UAUGCAACAACUGAUGAAGAAUAUAAAACGUCUCUUGAAAAUAGCAAAUGGCAAACUUUGAAUUACGGUAAAAAAUUUUUUAUUGAUUCUCUAGAAUGUGUCGUCAAAACAGGUCAUUCAGGAAGUAAAAGUAUUUCUGGAAAUGAAAAUUUGAUUUUGAGGAAUGUCUCAGAGAGUGUCAAUCAUAAAAAUAUUUCACCUGAAAUGCAUUCUCAAGGUCACAACAAUAAGAAGAAAAGGAGUACCGACUUGAAUGAACCUAUCUCUACCAAGGAGGAUGACAAUGCUGUAGCUGGUCCUUCCGGAUUCUGUUCUGGUAAGAAGAAAUUUCCUAAGAACUCUUGUAAGAAAGAUACUCCUAAAACGAAUUAUCGAACACGCACUAGCGAGAAGCGCGAUAUAUGCAAGAAGCAGUUCUCUCAAAAAUCAGGUCUCAACCUACAUUACAUAACCCACACGGCAAAACGCCUUAUGCAUGUGAUGUAUGCGGAAAAGAAUUUACUCAGAAAACAGGUCGCGACAGACAUCAUCGAUCCCAUACCGGUGAGAGACCUUUCGUGUGCUACGUCUGCAAUAAAGGUUUUGCUCAUAAGGGUAAUCUUAUUACACAUUUAAAGAUGCACACUGGAGAAAAGCCUUUUGCAUGUGAUGUUUGUAAUGAAGCUUUCGCUCAAAAGGGUCAUCUUAAGAAUCAUGUUAGGACUCACACUGGCGAAAAGCCUUUUGUAUGUGAAGUUUCUAAUGAAGCUUUCGCUCAAAAGAGUAAUUUUAAAAGACAUGCUCGUACCCAUACUAGAGACAAGCCUUACAAGUGUCCAUUUUGUGGAAAAGCUUUCACGACCAGCAGCUAUUACAAUAAGGAACCAGUUAAUGAAAAUGAUCAAAGUGUCAGGAGGACUAGCAGACGAUCUGAUAGCCCGGACCUCGCUCCUAGCGACUUUCAUCUCUUCCUACACCUAAAAUCUUUCUUUGGUGCUCAACACUUUAACGAUGAGGCCGAGCUGAAAGAACAUGUUACUACAUGGUUGAAAACACAGGCGGCAACCUUCUGUGAAGAAGGAAUACAAAAACUUGUGCCACAAGUACUGACUUACGGUGAGCAUAAUCCUUGCGUAUUUUAUAAGAAUGAUGACAACGUGUAUUCACUGCCAACGACAGGAAAUUCAGAUGAAGAUAAUGAAGAAGCUAAAGACAAAUGUACGGAAAAUUCGAAUGAGAAUUCUUUGUAUUUAAGUCAGUCUUUCCAGCAAAAGGAAAAUAAAGAAUCUGAGCUGAUUAAUUUAUCGCUGUAUCAACAUAAUGAAGAAUUUAAGCCGCUUCCUCCAAAAGUAAACAAGUACAGGAAUUCUGCAGAGUGCUCCGUCAAGGCACAACUAAGUGAUCCUUGUGAUAUUUCUUAUUUUAAUCCCAUUUCAGAUGCUCAGGCGACGGAAGUGCAAGGCAAAGAAAUCACAUCUUUUACAGCUUCUUCAGAAAACAUUGAAUCUGCUCAUAGACCUGAAAUCGUCCAUCGUGGCGCUUAUGAAAAAACAACAGUUUCAGCCGGAUCAAGUGUUUUUCAAAUACAAAAUCAAAGUGCAUCAGGUGUAUCAGACCUGCUCUAUGCAACAACUGAUGAAGAACCGUUUCUUGAAAAUAGCAAAUGGCAAACUUUGAAUUACGAUAAAAUAAAUUUUAUUGAAUCUCUAGAAUGUGUCGUCAAAACAGGUCAUUCAGAAAGUAAAAGUAUUUCUGGAAAUGAAAAUUUGAUUUUGAAGAAUGUCUCAGAGUGUGUAAAUCAUAAAAAUAUUUCACCUGAAAUGCAUUCACAAGGUCACAAUAAUAAGAAGAAAAGGAGUACCGACUUGAAGGAACCUAUCUCUACCAAGGAGGAUGACAAUGCUGUGGCUGGUCCUUCCGGAUUCUGUUCUGGUAAGAAGAAAUUUCCUAAGAGCUCUUGUAAGAAAGAUACUCCUAAAACGAAUUAUCGAACACGCACUAGCGAGAAGCGCGAUAUAUGCAAGAAGGAGUUCUCUCAAAAAUCAGGUCUCAACCUACAUUACAUAACCCACACGGGCAAAACGCCUUAUGCAUGUGAUGUAUGCGGAAAAGAAUUUACUCAGAAAACAGAUCGCGACAGACAUCAUCGAACCCAUACCGGUGAGAGACCUUUCGUGUGCUACGUCUGCAAUAAAGGUUUUGCUCGAAAGUGUAAUCUUAAGAAUCAUGAUAGGACUCACACUGGCGAAAAGCCUUUUGUAUGUGAUGUUUGUAAUGAAGCUUUCGCUCGAAAGGGUACUCUUAAAGCACAUGCUCGUACCCACACUGGAGAAAAACCUUACAAGUGUCCAUUUUGUGGAAAAGCUUUCACGACCAGCAGCAAUUGUAAUUUCCAUCAGAGGAGCGCGCAUAAGUGAAAUCAACUUGUAAACUACCGAAAUAAUUCUUUUAAUCUUGUAUGGAAUUAUUUUACAUUCUUAGCCGAAUUUAAACAAUUUUAAUAUGUGAGGAAGCACACGGAAAGAACCCUUAUUAAU